GCGAGCUGUCACGGGCUGAAGGCGGCACCGCGCGCAUGGCAGCCAAGUAGGUCGGGGCCCCCCGGCGGGGUGGGGCACAGCGGGACAUGGGUGCGACGCCGGAACUGGACCGCCCGCUCUCCUGACGUCCAGUCGCCUUCCAGGGGAAACAGGAAACCGCGGGAAGACUCUUCGCGAGCAGGCGGCACCACACUUGGCCAGGGGACGACAAUACCUAAGCAUGCUCGCGUCUCGAAAAACUAAAACUCGCACGCUUUUAAAUACACACACUUGACGCUCUCUCAGCCAAUGCGUGUGUUCACUCAGAUUGCAACGUGGUGUAAUCGUGGAUGCGAGUUUGGAGGAAAGUGCUCAUAAACCUGUCGACUGCCGGGUCGUAUAACACACUUUUCGCGAUUUCCGUCUAUUCCCCGUUACACUAUUUUUCCCACGUGUGUGUGUCCAAUUUGACGCCAAGGGAAGAACAUGGCUGCCGACAGAACAGCGUUCACUGACAGGGUGAACUGAGGUGUCCGCGAGCUUCACUUCGCCUCCCGGACAAGGCUCGGACACAGACGAUAUGGACACAGUAUGGCCCCAGCAUUACGGCACUACUCAGGGAGACUUCUGGUUCUGUCGCAAUUCUGCCUAUUCGCCAGCCUACUGCAAGUUACCAGUGAGUGCGACCUGGAGAUCGUGAGCCGGCCGGGCGGACCCCAGAACGGCACCUUCUCGGCGCCGCAGUUCGCCAACCCCGCGGGCCACUCGCGCCAGUGCGUGUACACGUUCGUGGGGGAGCGCCGCCAGCGCGUCGAGGUGGUCUUCACCGCCUUCAACCUGCGCGGGACGCCGCCGGAGUGCGUCCACGAGUACAUCGACGUGUACUCGGAGGUCCAGCAGCCGAAGGCCUCGGAGCUCAUCAACUCGCCGUUCGGCGGGCGCUUCUGCGGCCCCAUUCCCCCCCGCCGCCGCAUCUCCCUCUACCACGUGCUGGCCCUGGGCUUCUACACCGACAAGAACACCAGCUUCCCCGAGCUGUUCGAAGGCCGCUACGCCUUCAUUAAUGAUUCGGAAUACGAGGUGGGCACGCCCGAGCCAAACAGCCCUUGCAACUUCACAGUGCACUCGACCAGCAAGAAGACUGGUGUGAUCGUUUCGCCCACGUACCCAGGUGCCUACCCCAAGGACCUGAACUGCAGCUAUCUGUUCAAGGGGCAGAUGGGUCAGAGGAUUCGCCUCGAGUUCAGAGACUUCGAUCUCUUCUUCGGAGGCCCUCACUGCCCUUUCGACUACAUGAAGCUGUACGACGGGCCCGACACCAACGCCACAGUCAUAGGGACUUACUGCGGUCAACAAAGGAACCUGGUCCUGUACUCGUCCGAGGCUGCCUUGCUGGUCACUUUCGUCACGAUACCCAGGACGGCCAACACUCAAAACAGGGGCUUCAAGGGAAUCUUUGAAUUCAGUGAAAGUUUUGUAAAAUUAGAAUUCAUAGGCAAAAACGACAGCGAGCACAUACGAGGCUCGGAGUGCGACCAGAAGAUCCUCAGCAAGAAGGAGUCGUCUGGGUGGGUGUACAGUCCAAACUACCCCUUCCCGUACAUUCCCAAGAUUGUGUGUCGUUACUUCAUCUACGGCAUGCAAGACUCCCAGCACCUGGAGAGGGUGAGGCUUGAGUUCCACAUGUUCGACAUUCCCAGGCGUCACAAAGAAGACUGCACAGACGGCUACCUGAAGCUGUACUUGAAGGGCCAGGAAGCAACAGACUCGUACGACAAGUUCGACCAUGAACUGUGUGGGGACGAAAGUAAGCCUUCGGUUGUGGUGUCGGACGGCCCUCGCCUUGUCAUGGUUUUCAGCAGCGGCGAGCUGCAGGGACGUGGGUUCAAAGCCAAGUACACAUUCGAAACAGAAUACCUUAUCCCCGGCACGGCGGCUCCCGACGGCCGGUGUAGCUUCACGUACCGGAGCACGAGCAAGAAGAGGGGAGACUUCAACUCCCCGCGCUAUCCCUCCAACUACCCGAGCGAAACAAACUGCACGUACCUGUUCCUCGCCACGCCCAACGAGCAGGUGAUGCUAGUGUUUGAGCACUUCAAGGUGCGCGCCGACAACGCCAACACCACUUCUGGCGCCUACGGUGUUCAUAUAUGCCAAGAAGACUGGUUGGAAAUCUACAACGUUUAUCGGGAUGGCACGGAGAAGCUGAUUGGCAGGUACUGCGGCCAGACUGCGCCUGGUCCUGUCAAGUCCAACCGACCGGCGUUUGGCCUCAAGGUCAUCUUGCACUCUGACCAGGAAGGUGUUUUCAGCGGGUUUAAAGCCCGAUACACCUUUGAAGAUGCUAAAUCCGUUUUUGGAGACUGUGGCGAUAACGUUACAAAUCUGGAUGAUGGGGUGAUCGUCAGCCCCAAAUUCCCUCUUAAUUACGAUGCCCCAAGCAAAGGGAUCUCCAGCUUGACGUGCAACUGGUUCAUCAAUGUUCGAAUAAAACACAAAAUUUUGCUCAACUUCGAAGUGUUUGCCGUGGAAGGAGAUCCUGCAGAGCGUGGCUGUCCUGCGACAGUGGUGCGGUUGUGGCACACGACAGACAAGCCACCACUGGAGCUGUGUGGGGAGAAGCGCUCCACAGAUAAGUGGCAGUACCUGUCCGAGGGCAAUUCCAUGAGGAUAAGCUUUAUUGUGAGCGACAAAUCAGUUGGGGCGCAAGGUUUCCGUGCGGUGUGGACGGAAGUCAGCGAAGGUCCCGACUGUGACCAGUUCCUUUGUGCAGAAAGCAGUUACUGCAUCGCCGAAACGUUACGUUGCAACAGGGUGGCCAACUGCGGAGGUGACGAUAGCUCAGACGAAGUGAACUGUGAGUGA